GGUGUCAUUGCGCAACGUCUGCGCAGCGCGGAGGGCUUGAAGCGCCGCGUCCUUUUCCAUGAUAGCAAAUACCGGCGAAAUGGGAACAGCAUGAGAGAAAACAUGUGUCCGUUUGUGUCAUUAUAAUCGCAAACAUGGGCGACAGAAACGAGAAGGGCUCGGCGAAGCACCGGCGGAGGACUACGAUCUCCGGAGAGGCGGCGGUGACUCAAGCCAAACGCGGCGGCGCAGCAGAGACGCUGAGUGGGCAGGUGAAGGAGAAAGAGCCGCAGAAACACGAGAAUGCAGCCGGCCGACAGAAGAACCAUGAUGCUGGAGACGACACAUUCAGCUGCCACAAGCUGCAGGAGUCUCUGCUCAGCUCGGCCAGUGGCUUCAGCAACUACAGGGGAAUCCUCAACUGGUGUGUGGUCAUGCUGGUUUUGUCAAACGCGCGGCUGGUGCUGGAGAACCUUAUAAAAUAUGGCGUUCUGGUGGACCCCAUCCAGAUCAUCUCUCUGUUCGUGAAGGACCCCUGCAGCUGGCCGGCUCUGUGCCUGAUCAUCGUUACUAACGUCUUCAUAAUGGCAGCUCUGUACACCGAGAGGAAGCUGUCUGUGGGCACCAUCUCUGAGGGAACAGGAUCUUUCCUUCACUGGAUCAAUCUGUCUGCACUGUUGUUUGUGCCAGCAGGAACGGUGCUGAGCCUGAACUCCGUCACACCAGUGGGUGGUGUGAUGGCUCUGAGCAUCUGCACUGUUCUCUUCCUCAAGCUUUACUCAUACACAGAUGUUAAUAAAUGGUGCCGAGAACAAAGACAAGCCAAAGCUCGAACCCUGUCUCGCUCUCACUCCUGUCCGUCCGUGCACAAAGCAAACGGCACAGCGGGAUACACACAUGUGACAUAUCCGGGAAACCUCACACACAGAGACAUUUAUUACUUUGCUUUUGCUCCGACUCUGUGUUACGAGCUGAAUUUUCCACGCUCUCCACGGAUACGCAAACGUUUCCUGCUGCGGCGACUGCUGGAGAUGCUGUUUCUAAUGCAGCUGAUGGUCGGAUUAAUACAGCAGUGGAUGGUUCCGACGAUUCAGAACUCUAUGAAACCCUUUCAGGACAUGGAUUUCUCCAGAAUGGUGGAGCGGAUGCUGAAACUCGCUGUGCCCAAUCACUUUAUCUGGCUCAUCUUUUUCUAUUGGUAUUUCCACUCCUCUAUGAACUUCGUAGCGGAGAUCAUGCAGUUCGGGGACCGCGAGUUUUACCGCGACUGGUGGAACUCUGAAACGAUUCCUUAUUUCUGGUCGAACUGGAACAUUCCUGUUCAUAAAUGGUGCCUACGACACUUUUAUAAGCCCAUGUUGGUGCGAGGAGCGAACAAAUUAGCAGCUCAGAUCGCCGUCUUCUUCCUCUCCGCUUUUUUCCACGAGUAUUUAGUGAGUGUUCCUCUUAAGAUGUUUCGGCUCUGGGCGUUUCUGGGCAUGAUGCUGCAGGUCCCGCUGGCCAUUUUGGUUGGCCGAUACCUGAGAGGUAACUAUGGAAACGCCGCCGUGUGGAUGUCUCUGAUCAUCGGCCAGCCAAUCGCAGUGCUCAUGUACGUCCAUGACUACUAUGUGUUGCAUUAUGGGAGCGCAUCUGAGGGCGCAGCCUGGUGACGCAGCUGUUUCUGCAAUAAUGUUGAAUGUAAAAAAACAAUGCAUCUAUUUUUAGAAGGGAGAUCUCAGAUUUUUAUCUAAAUGAGUGAUUAUUAUUCAUAAAGGCACUUGGAAGGUGAGCAGACGUGUUUUUAAAUCCCACGCAAACACUGCCGAGCCAAAGCAGCACGUCAUUGCAAACACUUUGAAUCAUUUGUGUGUCAUUUAUAUUAAUGUGAUGUUUUUAAUUCAGAUUUGUGCUUUCGGUGGUGUGUUUGAUUCAAUCUGUGAGUUUUCUGGCACUUUAUUGAAGACUGCAUGACAUUUGUCAGCUAUAGAAGAAUGUAACUUGCUUUUUUACUCGAUUUUAGUAUUUGCUGUCCAUUUUAAAUUUGGAAAAUGUACAAAAUGAGACUUUUAAAUCUAUAUAUCUGUGAAAAUGUUGAAGCCAAUAUGAAGAAUUACAUGCAAUAUUAUUUAAAUGCGAUUUUAUGGCCACUUUAUUAGGUACACCUGUCCAACUGCUCCUUAACGCAAAUUUCUAAUCAGCCAAUCAUGGCAGCAACUCAAUGCAUUUAGGCAUGUAGACAUGGUCAAGAUGAUCUGCUGCAGUUCAAACUGAGCAUCAGAAUGGGGAAGAAAGGGGAUUUAAGUGACUUUGAACGUGGCAUGGUUGUUGGUGCCAGACGGGCUGGUCUGAGUGUUUCAGAAACUGCUGAUCUACUGGGAUUUUCACGCACAACCAUCUCUAGGGUUUACAGAGAAUGGUCCGACAAAGAGGAAAUAUCCAGUAAGCGGCAGUUCUGUUGUUGAUACCAAAAUUGCUCAAUAGAAGAUUGGAGAAACGUCGCCUGGUCUGAGUCUCCAUUUCUGCUGCCACAUUCGGAUGGUCGGGUCAGAAUUUGCCGUCAACAACAUGAAAGCAUGGAUCCAUCCUGCCUUGUAUCAGCGGUUCAGGCUGCUGGUGGUGGUGUAAUGGUGUGGGGGAGAUUUUCUUGGCACACUUUGGGUCCAUUAGUACCAAUUGAGCAUGGUGUCAACGCCACAGCCUACCUGAGUAUUGUUGCUGACCAUCUCCAUCCCUUUAUGACCACAGUGUCUCCAUCUUCUGAUGGCUACUUCCUGCAGGAUAACGCUUCAUGUCAUAAAGCGCCAAUCAUCUCAGACUGGGUUCCUGAACAUGACAAUGAGUUCACUGUACUCAAAUGGCCCCCACAGCCACCAGAUUUCAAUCCAAUAGAGCACCUUUGGGAUGUGGUGGAACAGGAGAUUGUCAUAAUGGAUGUGCAGCCGACAAAUCUGCAGCAACUGCGUGAUGCUAUCAUGUCAAUAUGGAGCAAAAUCUCUGAGGAAUAUUUCCAGUAGCUUGUUGAAUCUCUGCCAUGAAGGAUUAAGGCAGUUCUGAAGGUAAAAGGGGUCCAACUCAGUACUAGUAAGGUGUACCUAAUAAAGUGGCCAGUGAGUGUAUAUGCUCCGUUCAUUAUUACAGCUGUUUAUUUGUUUGUAAGUUUUUGAGCCUUUAUAUUAAUCUGUUCACUUUAAUGGAUCUGGAUAACAUUUCUAGAUUGAUGUUUAUCACAACAGCGAGAUGUAAAUUCACUUUAUUUCAUUGCAAAUGCAAUAAGAAAAUGCUGUUUUUAAAAUGACGUGUUUCUACAAAACCAGAUUAAACUCAACAACCAGCAGAAUUUAUUCCAGCGAAAGCCGAAGUUUGUACCCGUUCAUGUGGAAUAAAUCUUUUAAAACAG